AUGCAAGAAAUAAAAGUUGAUUCAUAUGGAGCUUGUUUAAAUAAUCGUCAUGGUUAUGGAGCUCGUAUGCUAGAUAAUUUUGAUGCAUAUAAAAAAUAUAAAUUCGUGAUAGCUAUUGAAAAUUCAAAUUGUCUUGAUUAUGUUACUGAAAAAUUAGUUUUAGCAGUACGCUCAGGUUCUAUACCUAUUGUUGCUGGUUCUAAUGGUCGUUCAGAUUAUCGACGAUAUAUGCCUGAACAUUCGUUCAUAAAUAUAUUUGAUUAUUUAUCAAUAAAAGAUCUUGCUAAUGAUUUAAAACGUAUUGGAAAUAAUAAAACAUUAUAUGAAUCUUAUUUAUGGUAUAAAAAACAUGAUAAAGAUAUAUCAAAAUUAAAAGAACUUUCAUUGAAUGAAAAAUUAAAACAUUUUGCUGAUGUUAUUGGUUCGAAUGCAACAAUGCUUACAGAUGGAAUUGCAGGAAAAGAAAAAAGUGAAAAUAAAGUUUGUAAACUUAUUCGAUUUGUUCGUCAAACAUCUUGGCAAGACAUUGCUGCACAUAAAAGAACAGGAAGAGCAGAUUCGAGUAUUGCUUGUUUACGAGGUCAAUAUAUCUUAACUCAUUUUGAUUCAGCGUAUACGAAUAACAGUGAAUCACGUAAAUCAUAA